GGGGAGGGUGGUGUCGGUCAAUCCCAUCGUAUUCCAUGGAAUUCCAUUGGAUCCGGUACCUCAGUCCGCCGAGACGGGGGUUUGAGGUUUAUUUCCAGCACAACACUUCCCGGUGCUCCCAUGGGAGCUUUGCUGCGUUUCCUCCUUCCUUUGCUGCUUCAGGAUCAACCUCCUGGGCCUCGGCCUUGUCCCCCUUGGCCUGGCGUGACCCCGCGCUGCUCCUGUCGCGAUAGUGUCACGAGGAGGCAGUGGGAUCCAUCCGGCUGCAGCAGGAAUGAGCAUGAACACGGGGCUGGACAGCAGCCAGAGGGGGCUGGGUUGUGAAAGCAGAGUCGAGGCUUCAGCUUGAAACUGAGUUCCCCCUUUGUGUGCUCUCCACUCAUCAUUUCCCCCUGCGCGGUUGCCUCCACAAGGAAGCUGAGUGCUGAGGACCAGGCUCCAUGGGAAAGCCUGAGUUCCUAUGGGAAAGCUGAGCCCUCCAUGCCAGUGAAGUGUCUCGCUCUUAGCAGGUGCUGAGCCAGGAUGGGCUUUGCCGAAGAGAAAGUGUACGACUACAUUAUGAGAAACCUCAGGAGCUUCAAGAACAUCCGGGUGGCGUCGCUGGCUGAUUCCCUGAGCUGCCUCACUGAUGCUGACAGAGACGAGCUCCAUGCCCGGGAGGAAGCACGAGGCAGCCAGGCCACUGUCUACAAGUUCUAUCAGCACCUGAAGUGCCGGCAGGGCUGGGUGAAGGACCUCAUCGAGGCUCUGCGCCAGAACAACGCUGGGGACCUGGCCGAUGAGCUGCAGCACGUGUACGACUCCUGGCAACGCUCUCCCACUGCUGCCUCCUCCCCUCCUGCAGCCAGCAAUGCCCGUCCCACCGUCACCUCCACUGCGGUCCAGACACUGCCCCCAGCUCCUGACCCUGCUCCUGGUGCCCCAUUGGCUGAGCAGCCACAUCGAGAUCUGCCUGGUGCUGCCACCACCACAAGCACAGACCUGGAUGCCAGGGCCCCAGUGCAGGAAUCACUCCCUCAAGUCCUGCAGCAGGAGAUGCCCCAGCUGCUCCCGCCUAGGAGCACCGUCCAUGAUGGAGUGAGCACUGGGCACGGCGCUGAGGGGUAUCUCUCUCAUCCCAUCAAGGACAUGCAGGCACCAGCGGGGACCCCUGGGACAGGCAGCGUGUCUGUGCCAUCAGCCGUGCCCAGCAAGUGUGGCCGGGACUGGCUGAGCCGCCCGCAGCACCCGGUGUGUGUGGACAAUGGAUGCUUUGGGAAUGCCAACCACCUGCAUCGUGGUAUACCAGGCUUGGGCCUGGGCAGGUCUCAUCCACCACAGGAUGCAGGUGCUGCUCACAGCCCCCUGCAGCCCAGGAAUGAGCCCCAGGAGGACUCAUACAUCUCCACUGAGUCACCCCCGAGGCUGGAGGAGGCCACUCACAGUGGGGGGGUGCAGCCCCUGAACUCCCUGCCCCCAAAACAGGCUGUGUCUGUCCCAGAGCAUGGUGAGCACCUGGGAAGCUUCGUGGAUGUGCGCAGCCCCCUCCUCAUACAGCAGCAGUUUGAUGCGGAGCAGAAGCUGGUCAGGAUGCUGGGAGAGCACGGAGGAGAUGGAGCAAACACUGGGACCAACUCUAUGCCCAGAGACCCUUCCCCAUCCUGUGACAGCUCCAUGAAGCCUGGACAAGAGAAUAAAACACCCGUGGCUGUGACAGCCACCAGCACCCCUUCCAUGCCACUGAAGGAGCACGAGCUCCCGGCCUCUGUGGACCCUCUCCUGGACACAGCUGCUGCAGGAAGCAUAUCUGGGAGGGCACCCCACCGGGUGAGCUCUGCCACCACCAUCUGGGCAUCCUGCAGCAAUGUGGAGGGGGACAUGAAGCCCAGCAAGCCUGGUGUCCUCCUCUCCAUGGCUGAGGACAGCCCAGAAGCAAGUGGCAGAUGCCUCAGUGGCCCCAGCGUGUCCAGCAGCUUCACCUUAAGGAGUGACCCUCUCUUGAUGAGCACAGAGAGCUCCAGCUCAGCAGAAGCACUGCCCAGAGUCUCAUCAGGAUGCCCAGCACCAGAACCCAGGGAAGAGGCAUCAGCUGAAGCAAGCAGAGACUCUCAUCCACUUCCAAGCUGGAGCAGCACCCAUGAGGUCCAUGUGGAGCAUCAUCCCAGCGCCCAGCUUGAGGCUGGCAAUAACCUUCAAGACAUAGCCAAUCCCAUUGGAAACUCAGGUUUUAACUCUGUGACCAGGUUGUCUCAAGGCAGUGACCUCUCAAGGGACAGCAACUGGCCAUCCUGGUCAUACCUCAUCCCAACCGUGGGCAUCGCUGCCAUUUCAGUGGUGGCAUUCCUGGUGUGCACUCGAUGGCAGAAGUGAGGGUCACUCAGCAGGUCCUCUUCAUGGCAGGGAUUUGGCCAACACAUCCGAAGCCCAAGGAGCAGCAGUGGGGAUGGCAGGGAUGUUGUUAAAUAAUCUUUCUGGCAGGUUCUGCUGGAAGAGGACUUUAUUGGAUGAUGUUGUUGGGUUUGGGUCUGCUCCUCCUAUUUCCCAACCAUAUUCUUAUCUGUAGCCUUCUCCUUUUACACCCGUAGAGAGGUUUUAGCUCAGGGAGUGAUUUGUUAAGUCAAAAAUGAAAGUCCUCAUGGUGAUGCUCCACAUCUUCCUUGUUUGGUCCUGGGGAAGUUUGUCCUCGUGGUCCAAAGGGUGACCCCCCUUGCCCCCAGUCCCUCCACACAGUGUGCAAAGUGGACCUGAUUCUGUUGGCUUUGGUCUUCUUAGCUUGAAAACAAGCCUGAGGGUCUGUGCAGUGGCCUUCACCAGGUGCCUCAUGUUGAAUUUGCCUUACUGGUAACUCUGGUUCUGCUGCAGGGACUUUUGCUUGUCUCUUCUGGGGAUGAAAGCUGAGGGUCAGGAAAGAGCCACAUCUAAGCAGCUUUGUAUCAUAGCAUCAUAGCAUUAUAUCCCAGACUGGUUUGUGUUGGAAGGGACCUUAAAGCUCAUUCAGUUCCAGCCCCAUGCCAUUGGCAGGGACCCCUUCCACUGGAGC